AUGACUGAGAUAUUUGGACAAGAUCAGUUUGUGGAUACAUUUAUGGAGCUCCAGAAAGCCCAAUUGAAUGAAAAUGUGUCAAAACUUAGAUUAAAGGACUCACAGAACCAUGCUGGAGAAAUGGAAAACAUGUUGCAUCUUCUUGAGGAAGUUCAAGUUGCAAAAAUGUGUGGAGAUCGGAGGUUGGAAAAAACUCAAGAGAAAGUUUUUAUACUUAACAAGAAAAUUAAACGUCUGGAAAAGAUGUUACAGCAGCACCAUGCAUGUCCCCUUUUUGCUCUGGGGGGUCAUUGCAAGUGCUACUACAGUAAGGAAAGCAAUGAUGAAACUGGGAGGCUGCGUCAUCCACCUGCUCCAAAUGAAUUGAAUAAGGAGUCCCAACAACAAAGUAUCAAUAAAUUGUCUAAACAUGUUGUUGAUCAAGAGUGUAUUGACAUGAGAAACCAAGAAUGUGUUGACCAGGAGAUGGCAGUGUUGUCUUCCAAACUCAGCUUCUCUUCUAGCAAUACCAUGAGUUUCCUGGCUGAUCUUCAGCUAUUGAAAAAACUUGUGGAUCAACAAAAACUACACAAUGGUCAGAUCACUGAACUCAGCAAAGCUCAGUCAAGCCAUGAAAAGAAGUUUAGUUUUCUGGAGGAACACAUUAUUUGCCUUCAGACCCAACUUUGGAAUGCUCAGGAAGAAAGGACAAAGUGGGUACAGCAGACGCACAAGCCUAAAGAAUAUAAGGUGUGUUGUGAGGAUCUGUUUAGACACCAAAAGGAGGUGAAUAUACUAAAAGAACGACUUGAAGUAGCACUAAAGCAGCUUCAUACAACUGAGAAGGAGGAACUACAUCUUCAGGCUUCAGUAGAACAGAAAACAUGGGAAGAAAAGACAUCUCAAGAACUUUCAGAAAAUAAAAAGUACUCAAUGAUUGAGGCUAAGAAUCGGAGCCAAAAGCUGUAUAAUGUUAUACAUGAUCUGAAAAUUAAACUGCUAGAACAUGUAAAAAUGAAUGAGGAGCUAAGCUCACAGCUAAACCAGCUCAAAACGGACAUAUUGCACCUCAAGGCUGAAUUGGACCGAUACAAGAGAAAAUUGGCUGCUGUUGAACAAGAUAAGUUCGAACUACAGGCCUCUGAGGCUCAGCACAAGCGUUAUGUCCAGGAGGAGAUUCUGGCAAAACGGCACCUGAAGGUUAAGCUAGAAAAGCAACAGAUGGCAUUACUCAGCCUUACUGAGGAACAUAAGGAGCUGCAACUGCUCUACAGCUGUAUGAACAAGGAGAAGGAGGGUGUGGUCCUAAAGCUCCAGAGCCAUCUGAAAAAUGUCCAGAUAGAACUGGACCAGGCCAAGAGCACUUUGAGGACACUUGAACAGGAAGACAAUCACGGAACUCAAUUGGACAAAGAAAUCACUACUAGAAGGCAGAUUGACUGUCUUCAAAGGAUCAAGAACCUGGAGGAAAGGAAGAAGACACUUUGUCAGGAGGACACUCCCUUCUCAGAUUUGGAAUCUCUAUUGUUUAAAGAGCCGCAUGAAAUAACGUCUCCCCAACCACUCAAGAUCAUCGCUCCCAACAUCUGGGGGAGGUCGGCUCCAAAGAGGGUGCAAAGUGCAGCAUUAUGUCAUCAUCUCAAGACCUCGAAGCUGAAGGAAACAGUUCACAACAUUGUAUUCCAUGAGGAGCCUUUCACAUUGACUCCUUUAGCUCCUGCGACGAGUCCGCAGCUGCUCGGCCGAAGGUCACCUGUCCACUCUCUGCUCACCUCUGACCCACACGGUUAA